GCACAAUUUAAAUGACUUCUCUGCCCUCUGCUUUCAUCAUCCCCUUUCCCAUUUCCAUAUAUCCACACUUUCUUCCCCUGCCACUUCCCCUGUACACAGAGCACCUUACUCCGGCAAUGUCUUCUCACAAGAAAAAGAUUGUUCUGAGCAGCUUUGCUGUCAAGAUUGGCUGCGGCAGCAGCUGCAGAAGGCCCAAACUCUCCUCCGUCUUCCUCCCCAAGCCCCGCCGCCGCCACCACAAAUCCUCCUCCUCUGCCGCAGCGCCGCCGCCGGUGAACUACUCCAAUUACUCCUCCAGCUCUUGGGACACCGCCACCACCACAUUCUCCCCGGCCAACAACUACUACUCCUCCUCGGAAGCCGACUCCGAGAUCAAGAGCCUCCGGGCGGUGCACGGCUUCGGGAGGGUCGGCGGGGAGAGCGUCGCCGUCGAGAAAGACUCCGACGACCCGUACCUCGACUUCCGGCACUCCAUGCUCCAGAUGAUUCUCGAGAAGAACAUCUACUCCAAACACGACCUUAAGGAGCUCCUCAACUGUUUCUUGCAGCUCAAUUCUCCCUACUAUCACGGCGUCAUUGUCAGGGCCUUCACGGAGAUCUGGAACGGGGUCUUCACGGCGCCGCCGCCGCAGCACGGCGGGGCCUCGAUGUCACGUGGCUUUUAGGCAACGCACGUGAUGUCCGUCGUGGGCCCAUACUACUAACUCCCCCCAUCUUAUAUCUCAAUCAAUAAAAGUUUGUGUUAUAGGGGUAGCUGCGCAGGUAAGUUAAAUUCUAGGGGUAGUAUGGUAAUUUGCCGUGCCCAAAAAUUUGUUACGGGCGGUGUCAUGGAAUAGGUAAUGUACUGUUAAUUAGGAUUAUAAAAAAUGAUUAAGCUUAAUGGUUUAAUUUUCACAGCCUUUUUUACCAAGUAGGUGUUGGGAAACAUAGAAGCCUAAGUUUGUAACAU